UUUUUUUUUUUUUCCAAUGUCUUGAGUGCUUUUUUCUUUGUUCAGUCUUUUUUUUUCUUUGUAUUGUUGUAAAAUGUCUGUCCAUCUGGAACCUGCCGAUACUCUAUAUUUCCAAAGACCAUUGACGGGAACGAGUAAGGUACGAGUGGUCAUUCGUAAUCUCGAGUCGGUUCCUAUUGUCUUUAAAGUGAAAACAACUGCACCUAAGCAAUACUCUGUUCGUCCCAAUGCCAGUCGCAUUGACCCGCAACAGGUGAUGGAGAUUCAAGUGUUGUAUCAACCGCAUAAGCAGGAUUCUGCCAAUGAUAUUAUUUGCAAGGAUAAAUUUUUGAUCCAGACCGCUAUUCUACCCGGUGAUAAGGAAACAAUGGACAUGGGAAGCUUGGUAUGUGUCUUUUAUCACGCGGAUGAAAUUUGAGUUUGGGAUGGGGAAUCUUACACCAUCAUGGAUCCAUUAGUGGGCAGCAUUGGAAGGUCAAC